CUUUAUUAGACGCCCGCAGCAGCUCUCAGAUUUCUUCUUCUUCUCCCCAAAAACCUCGAGAACCCAUUACUCCUCCCCAGCACCGCUGCGCGAUGACGUCGACAGAGACAGACGACGCCGUACGACGUCGCACCGCCAUCACCGAUUACCGGAAGAGGCUGCUCCAGCACAAGGAGCUCGACUCCCGAGUCCGCGCAGUGCGGGAAAACUUGAGAGGAGCUAAGAAGGAGUUUGGGAAAACUGAAGAUGAUUUGAAGUCGCUUCAAAGCGUUGGUCAGAUUAUAGGGGAAGUUCUGAGACCUCUCGAUAAUGAACGCUUGAUAGUGAAGGCGAGUAGUGGCCCUAGGUAUGUGGUUGGCUGUCGCAGUAAAGUGGACAAAGAAAAACUGACAGCGGGCACUCGGGUUGUUUUGGAUAUGACUACUCUGACUAUCAUGAGGGCUCUUCCAAGAGAGGUUGAUCCAGUAGUGUAUAAUAUGCUUCAUGAAGAUCCCGGUAAUGUUAGCUACUCCGCUGUGGGAGGGCUAGGAGACCAGAUCCGGGAGCUUAGGGAAUCUAUAGAGCUGCCUCUAAUGAACCCUGAGCUCUUCCUUAGAGUUGGCAUCAAACCACCCAAGGGUGUUCUUCUCUAUGGACCUCCGGGUACAGGGAAGACAUUGCUAGCCAGAGCAAUUGCGAGCAACAUAGAUGCUAACUUUCUAAAGGUUGUAUCAAGCGCCAUUAUUGAUAAGUACAUUGGUGAAAGUGCAAGAUUGAUAAGGGAAAUGUUUGGUUAUGCUCGUGAUCACCAGCCCUGUAUCAUUUUUAUGGAUGAGAUCGAUGCCAUCGGUGGACGGCGUUUUAGCGAGGGGACCAGUGCAGACCGUGAAAUCCAACGAACACUCAUGGAGUUGCUUAACCAGUUAGAUGGAUUUGAUCAACUUGGGAAGGUGAAAAUGAUAAUGGCAACAAAUAGGCCUGAUGUUUUAGAUCCUGCACUUCUCCGACCUGGGAGACUAGACCGGAAAAUAGAGAUUCCAUUGCCUAAUGAACAGUCAAGAAUGGAAAUUCUUAAAAUUCAUGCUGCCGGAAUAGCUAAACAUGGGGAAAUUGAUUAUGAGGCAGUUGUGAAGCUUGCUGAGGGCUUUAACGGAGCAGAUCUGCGGAAUGUCUGCACUGAAGCUGGGAUGUCUGCGAUCCGUGCUGAACGUGAUUAUGUCAUUCAUGAAGACUUCAUGAAGGCUGUAAGAAAAUUGAACGAAGCCAAGAAGCUGGAAUCAAGCGCACACUAUAAUGCUGAUUUUGGAAAGGAAUGAGGCUGACUUUCAAUUAGGCCAAAGAGUUACUAAGAGAGACUCCAAGCAUGUGCUGUCUGUUGGACUGUUUUAUUUAUGAAAAUGUGGAAGGUGGUACUGCAAUUUAGGUUUCAGAGAUAUCUAUUACCGCCCCCGUUCCAUUUAGACAACAUUUACUCAUGAGUUCAUUAGAUUUUCGUAUUAUUGUUGAACAGUCGUUUGUUGCCUACUUUACUGUACUUUUAAGACAUCUUGUGUAGUUAAUAUCAGUGUUGGCUCGCAAUUAAAUUGUUUCUCUGAUUUUCACACAA